AUGGCGGACGCACUUGUCUCGGAGACGCAAGGCCAGGCACCACACCAAAUUGACUCACCUGAAACAAGCAGCACUCUCUCAGGCAGUUUUCAACCGCUGGUGGGCUGCCUUGGAGAAGAGGACAAAGCAAGCGACUUCCGAUGUGGUCCCCCAGGCGGAAACAAAACCACGUUGCAAGGUGAGAUCUGAGAAGCCCCUCACGGGCGAAUCGAUGCUGAAGCAGACAGCACACCUCACUCCAUGCCUUCCAGGGACUAAGGCCACCAGGCGACCGACCCCUAAGCAACGAAGGCAAAAACGCAUGCCGUACAGUGACUCCUACAUUCUCCCGGAUGGGAAGGACUUGGCCUACAAAGGGGCCCGAGUUCAUGGCAUCAUGGCGCCAACUCCAACGCAGACCUGGGGCAGGAGAGAAGUGUGGCUAUGCCUUCGUGAACUGCACACCAGUGGAAGCAGCGCAGGGAGAGAUGGAGAAGAGAAGCCCAGAUUGGACUUGGACUCUCGCCUGUGGCCUUCAUGUGGUAUUUGGUGA